AGUGUUGAGCACCCAGACCGGCGAAGACCGGCUCGGCGCGCCCGCCGGGAUGAGGAGCUGUAGCGCAGCGGCGGCGGCGGCGAAACCGAUUCGUCAGUGAUCGUUGUCCGUCGGCAUAUCAGUAUAUGUGCGGGACCGGUUGCCGAGUGGGUCGUUUUCGCUCGCGGGUUAAGUGUAAAUAGUGCGUCCGCGUUUAGACGAAAUUUUUUCGAGAAUUUAUUUACGGUGUAGUGUUUUUAACGACGUUCGUUCCAAUCACACAAAUAUCGCUGGUGCGGCGAGGUGUACCGCAAAUUCAUCCUGCACCGAGCACAUAAUAAUUAUAGUACCUAUAACACGUCGCGUAUUACACCUCAGUGACAUCUCCUGAAAUAAUAUUAUGGGCCCUACGGUAGCGGCGACUACGACCGCGUCGGCGGAAUCGUCGGACGCCGACAACAGCGCCAAAAAGAAGGGCAUACGGCGGCUGCUGACGCCCGCCAUUUUCGCGGGCAGCGACCACAAGAACAAGCAGUCGGCGGCUCCGGCGGCGGACGUCGCGGGUAACACGGCCGUCCACAACCAUCAACACCGCCAACCAACCAACAGCAACCGACCGGCCUGCAACAAAAAGACCAUUAUCGAGACGGCGUUCGUCAACAACAACGGCAACGUCAACUCGGCAGGAAACGUGGCGUACCGGUUGCAGCAACAGCAACAGCAAGCGCAGCUGCAGCGGUUUCGGUACGCGCAGGGACUGGACCGGCAAGCGAACGACGUGACCGACUUCCGGUCCCGGAGCGUCAGUCCCGGUUCGUUCGAUCGGGACGUCAACGCCAAUUACGGCGGCGAACGUCGGACGGACAGCCCGUGCUCGAUGUUGUCGUCGUCGUCGACGUCGUCGCUGCUGCCCUCGCCAUCGGGCAGGCGGUCCGCUCCCAUAAUACCGUAUUCGCAGUAUUACAACAACAGGAACGGCGGUGGAGGUGGCGGCGGAGGUGGAGGCGGCGGCGGCGGUGGUCAGCAGCAAAGGUUGUUGCUCAUGCCCGUCGGUGCGCAGGUCAAGAUCACCGCGCCGCAAUCGUCUACUGCGGUGUACGCGGCCGCCGUCCGCCAACAUAGGAUGCAACAGCAACAGCAACACCAACAACAGCAACAACAGCAACAACAGCAACAGCAACAGCACGCCAUCUACGGUAACGUGGUGGCUGGCGCCGUGGGCCCGUUCGUCCGCGGGUCACCGCACCGGGCCACCAUCGGGUGCGUCCGGGAAUCGCCGGGUCGUCAGUCGACCAUUUACGAGACGGAAGAGGACGUCGUCACGGCUGCCGUGGCCGCGGGCGAGAAGAGGUUUCAGCCGAUUUUCAAAAGAGGCGCCCUGCAAGAGCCUGCCGCCCACUCGUCACCGGCCGCCGGACAGACGCCGCCGUCACCGUCGUCCGGUUGCAGCCCGAAAAGGGUGAGUUUCUCGCCGGGACCGUCCGAACCGCCCGCGUACUGGCCCACCAAGAAAGGUCCGUCCCCACAACCGCCCACCCGUCAACGGUCGACCGACUCGCCGGUGGUCGCGGAACGGCCACUGCCGCUCGUGCCCAAACGGAGCCCGUCCACGUCGGCCGUUUACGGCACGCUGCAGCAGCGCGGUGGCCCUCAGCGACCGCACCAGCAGCAGCAGCAGCAGCCGCCGCCGAAUCGUUGGUGGUCACCGUCGUCGCCGUCGCCGCUGCAUCAGCACUACCAACAGUCCGGCAGCGAGUCCGGUAGCGAGGCCGGCGAGGUGCAGCGAAUACUGAAUGUCAAAAACGGUCAUCGGCUGGUCAUCGACGAUGAUUGGAGUGGAGACGGAAAAACCAGAGGGGCCGCUGAACAAGCCGGUGAUGAACUCCGUCGCGGAAGAUCUUCAAGAAGAGAUGAUCCUCGGCGGCACACAUUAUCCGGUGAUCAACAUCACAACUAUCAACCGGCCCUGACUAGGUCUAUGGAUUUGGAGAUGGGAACGAAAAUGCAACGGAAAAAAUCUCCAGCGUCCAGGGGAGGAUAUCCACCAGCUACUGGGAUGUUAUUUGAUGACGAUCCAGGCAUAAUGUCUGAAGUUGAAACCAGUUCUACCGGGUUCCGAAGAGGUAACAAACAGAGAAGUUCAUUGCCGGUCGUCAGAACCCCAUCAAAAACUUUAGAACGACCAUUGGGUGACCCGAUGUUGAAUGACGAAAUGGCUUUCCGUAAUAUGAUGACUCACCCACGACAAAGUUUAGGUCUCGUAUUCUUGCAAUAUCGUAGCGAAACAAAAAGAGCGCUGUUACCAAAUGAAAUCACCUCAAUAGACACGGUUAAAGCGCUGUUUGUCCGGUCUUUUCCAAAACAACUCACCAUGGAAUACAUGGACUCGGCACUCGUCAAGAUCUACAUUCAUGAUUCAUCAAAAGACAUGUUUUAUGAGCUGGAAGAUCUCAGGUCACACCUAAACGACAUUCGAGAUAGGUCGGUGUUGCGACUUUUCGAGUCAGCUGAGGGUGGCCCUCUACCGCAGGGCCUCACGAUAGCCGCACCUACGUGGGACCAAGAUCAAUCGUACUUUAGCGAGCCGGAAUUCGAUUCGGAAUUUCAACAUCAACACAUACACAAAACUAAGGGUAGCAAAUGCACCAGUGGUGGCGCCCCCGGACAACCGUACUACAUAACCCAUCAGUUUCCGCCCGGGUCGUCGGCUACGCUACCCAAUAGGGGCCGUCCACCCACCGGGUCCAUACCGGCCAGAGCUUAUUCACCAGCCGUGCCUCCCGUAGCGGCCAACAAAUCGUCAGGGUACAUGUCAUCGCCGGAAAGAGCUAGUUCUAGGACCGGGUACACAGCUGCUCCAUACAUGUCUCCGGGAGGUUCUUCGUUUGAUGACAACUCGUAUUAUGGUUAUGGACCGAGAACCGGGUCUAUCACUCCCGUGAUUGAUGAAGAGACCAGCGACAACGAGCUCAUGGAAGACCCGUUUAACAUGUACGCCGCUAAACCGUCAUCAAUAACCAAAAGACCGACGUACGGCAAUCCACCGACCGUUCCCUACGACGCCACCAGGAUACGAGUAGAAAACAUGGAAAGACAGAUUGCUAAUCUAACGGGAUUAGUUCAGAAAGCUUUAACACACGCACCAGUUGUGGCACCACCGUUCAGAAAUGCUAGUGAUGAGUUCGAUAAGGUCUCCAGCGGAAGCACCACGUCUCUAGCAGAGGAACCAUACAAGCGGUCUGACACUAAACCUCCUAAACUCGGACGAGACAAAUCGGUUUCAUUUGAGAAAUCUGUAUCGUUCAGCGACGAGCCACCGGAUAUGAACUCGCCAAAACAACAUUCGCCGCAGAGUUCAGCGGACACGAAACCUGCGAAACCAGCAAUUAAAUCGUCUACAUUACCUAGAACAGCAUCUCAAGAAAAAGACAGAUUUAAGCCUCACCCUCCACCCAAGCCAUCCGCUAUACCAGGACAAUACGAUGAAAGACACUUAUACAGUGAUCUACAGCUGACACCAGAAAUGUACAAUCAACUCAGAGUUCUGCAGAAAAAAGCAAAAGACUUGCGGCAAGAAGCCCGGAACCUAAGAAGAAUGUCUCAAGCACAAGCCCACUCCAUUCGCGAAACUAUCAAAGACACGUUCAUAAAAAUAAGAACGUUGAUCGCUUCCGGCGCCGACCAGGCGUGGAGCGAAUCCGGAUCGAAGGAAAGGGCAGACGUUGACCGGGAAGAGGACAUUUACAGGCAGGAGAUUAUCAGGCUGGAAACGGACUUAACCGAGCUAGAGAGCACAGUGGAAGAACUACGAGGAAACGUCAUUAACAAGAAGUCCAGAGUAAACAUGUCGGACGUGGAAAACAUGGCGCUUGUGCUCAGCAAAUCCAGCAAAACGGUAGCCGAAUUGAAAUUGAGGUUCCCGAGUUUACAAGAGUCAAUUCGUGCAGUAUUGACUAAGGAAAUGGAUAGAGCGGUUACCGAGGAAAAGUUUCUUAAAGAAGAGCCUGAUCGCCUAGAAAGCGCACUCAAACGGUGUAAAAAAUUAACCGGAACGCUUGUUACACUCAAGAGGCUCGCAUCCGUUCAGGAACAACGUCUGCCCGACGCCAGACUGUCGCCCACCAACGAAGACACUCCACCGAUCACGCCUACGUCGUCCGCCAAGGGGAGUGUCGCUGGACAGGGGAGUGUCGUGGACCAGACCGGAACCGGAACCGACGACGGCAGCGGUGCAGGUGCUGGAAAGCGCGAGCCAACAGGUGCGGAGAACGCACUCGACACUCUGCUAGACGAACUCCAGACGACUCCGGCAGCGGCAGCGGCGACAGUGGCAUCAGUGAAAUCAGUGGUGACGGCGACGGCGUCAGUGGAGUCAGUGUCGGUGACGGAACCGACCACGGUGGCGGCAGCAGAGGCGGUGGAACCGACGACGGUCGCCGGUCCGGCGAUCCCGGUCGCUCCUAAACCGGUGUUGCGGCGUCUGAGCAGCACGUCUUCGGAGGCAGGUGGCAAACCGCCCGUGCCGGAACGGACGCCCGACCUGCAGAACAAGCGGAUGCCUCCGCCGCCGCCGCCGCGUACCAGUUCAAAGUCACCGGUGGCGUCACCGACCACGGCCGGCGGCGGUGCGGUGGGGGCCGCCACGUCGUCGCCCAGGGGCUCGGUGUCGUCGUCGUCGGCCGGCGGCAGCCCGCCCAGCCGGAAGGGUUCGCUGACCACCGUGGUGGCUCUCGGCGGUUGCGGCAAACCGCCGAUGCCCGAACCGCCGGUGGUGACCGCACAACCGCCGACGGUGACCGCUCCGGCCGGCGUCGCGACCACCACCAGACAGGAACAGUUGGAACAGCGGCACCAGGAACUGUUGAAGAAGCAAAAGGCGCUGCAGGAACAGUACACGCGGCUGCAGCAGUUGCAACGGUCGCAGCCGCCGCCCGACCUGCUCCAGCUCAAGAAGACGGGCAGCGAGGGCAACCUGCUGUUGAAAAUGGGGCUGUCCAUGAGCGCGGCCGCCCCCAUAUCGGGUUCGCUCACUCAACUGGCCGCCGCCGUCGCCACCGGAACCGCGGCCGACGUGGACGCCGAAAAGCAACGGUCGACCGGAAACAACAAGGCCGCCGCCGCCCCGUCGGCGACGAUGACCGUCAACAAAGUGUACGAGACGGACAUCAUAUGACCCACGACCGACGUCUGAAACGUGUUACAGCAAAUCUGAGCCAGUCGGUUGUGAGUUAUAUUGUUAUUGUUGUUGUUGUUGUUGCUGUUUGUAAUAUAAUGUACAAAACGUCGUUGUGGUGUCCGCCGUCACCGUCGCCACUGCCGCCACCACUGCCACUACUGCCACUGCAUUCGCCGCCGGAUUUCCGACACUACAAUCCCGUCUUCUCUGUCUUCACGCCGCCGUUUUUACUCUCGUAAUAAUGUUUUAUAUUUACUUUAAUUAUAUUUAUUUUUAAGUGUCGGAUGGGGUAACUUGACGAAAGUAGUUAGCGAGCGAUCUGAACACUACCGUAAUAUAUAUAUUAUAUACACACAAAUAAACUAUACUACUUUCGAAUACGAAAAACAACGACUAACCGAAUCUCGGAAACCGUUUUCUCUUGACCGAUUCAAAUACGAAUUCAACAUGUAAAGCAAAAACGAUAAAAUCACUUAAACAAUAAAAAAAAUGCAACUAUAUAUGUAACGUGCGUGUACAAGCAUUACGUCAUAAUACCGCCUUCCGACUAGUUUUUUAUUUUUCUAACGAUAGCGAUGACAUUUAUCCGACGUUAAAUAUCAAAUGCAAUAAUAUACCUAUAUAAUAUUAUGUAUAGAAAAACAGACAACGUUCUCCGUUUGUGGAUUGUCUCGAAUCGGAAAAAAUGUAAAUGUAUUUGGCUUUUAGUCAGCUCACAUGCUCAAUAACCCUGUAUAUAUUAUACGCAAUAUACAUAGUAAUAACAUUUGUUUAUCGAUUCGUUAAUAUGCAUAUUAUAUAGAAUAUUAUAUUGCGUGAAUACCGUUCCAAUCCAACGAGAAUCACUGUUAUUCUCGUUAGUAAUCCGCGAAAACGUAAUAAUACAUUGCGUGGCUGUUGUCUUUACGUUCGAAUUAUACAUAACAGUCAAUAUAUACAAUAUAUCAUAAUAUAGCCUGUAGUCAAACGCCACUCGUAAGCGUACAGGAGGUGCUCUCGUAAUGCGUAUCUAUAUAAUAUUGAAUAUUUAUGAGCGUGUACGCGAACUGUGUAAUAUAAUAUUAUUAUUAUCCUAUGUAUUGAUCUCUGCGGACCACGAACAGUCGAACGAGAAUUAUUUUAUUUCUUCUCAAUAUCACACUAUUAUUAUUCAUUCAUCACCACCCAAAACGUGUUCGAAUAUGAUUUUAACGAACAUGACGUUUAAAAAGUACCAACAAUAGUUAUUUUAAUAAUUUACUGACUCUACAACUGAACGUGAGUGUUCGUUUUUUGUUUUACUUAUUACUUUUUUUUCGCCAAAAAUCGUUCCUAAAUUAUUUAUAUCAUUAAUUUUGUUAUUACUGUUGUUGUUGUUAUACUACACAGUUUCCGCGUCGUGACGGUUAGGUUACACGCGCGCCGAUCGAAAAUCGAAAUUUCUCAGAUAGGGUAAUCACACGUCGAUCGUCUACUUUACGCUAUUAAAAAUAUAUAAUCGAUCAACGAUAUCAAUAUCACGACGUAUUACUUAUAACCCGAGUAGUAUACGUAUAAGACGUCGUCUUGAAUAACUUACUAAAACCGUUCUAUAUAGGUAACCGACGAAAUUCGCGUUUUCGAUUCCACUCGCGUCGUCUACACACUCGGGUUCGUUUUUAAUUUUCUACUAACUAUUUUAUCGCCGUAAACGGUUCGGUAAACGAACUCAAUAUUCGAUUCGAUAAGUUACGAUUUAUGUACGACGUGUCGUCAGUCGGUAUUUUUGGCGAAUUCUUUAAUGUUUUCGGGUUGGACGCCGUGAUAACUUGAGUUUUUCCACUCUACGCAAUUUAAUACGUAUAACCCAUUUAAUAUAACGUCUAUAAUAAUCAAUACACAUGGUUCUUAAUUUAUAUGUCCAUUUCAAAGUUAUAACCGCCGUCGACUUAAAGUAACGAGUACGUUGUAUUGACGUCAACUGGUAUAUUUUUCUCUAGGUACUUUUGGGAAUUGAUAAAAAAAAGAUCAUUUUUAUGACAACUAGUACGUGCCCUUAAAUUUCACUAGUGCGAUAGGUACUUCGCUGUAGAAAUUGACGACCCGACCUGAGGUCGAUUUAUACACACCCUACUACAGCCGUCGUACUGAACGCGUCCUGUUAAAAAAUGCUACUUAUACAGAUUAUUCGUGAAUAAUAAUUGAACAUAAUAUAAAUAAAAUAAAAUAUUUUCUCGGAUCAUCGUUAAACAUGACUGCAAAAAAAAAAUGGAGGAAAUUGGAACGACAAACUCCCGGUCUACAUGCCUAAAUGUUGAAGCUACAAUUAUUGUCUUAGUCUGUGAUCGGUGAUCACACAUAUAUCGUAUAAAUUCAAAUAUUUAAUAAUGCACCCGAAUUUUCGUAUUCAAAAUCGCUUUCUAUUCCGGACCGAUUUCUUACGCUCGUAGAACUUAAUACGUUUUCCGAUAUAAGUUUAUCGUACGCGUCCGCAAUGAGGAACGUUAUAAAUUUCACGAUAUUCAAACAGUUCCGGGGAUAACGAUUUCUCGUUCUCGAACCACACACACACACACAAACAUACUCACGCACAUUUAGUCGAACAAAUAUUAUUACACUCCACUUAUUUUAUUACGAGCGUAUCCGUACGCGUUUUUGUCAUUUUUGUAUAUUUUGUUUAAAUGUUAUAUUGUAAUAUAUAUAUAUAUUAUAUUAAUAUUAAUCGCAUACCCUAUGUGUGUUGGGCAUUUCUUUGCGAAAUUUGUCGCCUACACAUUGCUCAAUAAUGCGCGUUUAUCACGCCGCUGUAUGGCGAUAAAGCUGUGCGGAAUUCGAUAUUUUCUAAAAUGAAAAAUAAAAUGUCCAAACUUCAGGUGCGUGCCGUCAAUAUAACGGCUUAGUCCGGCAAAACUAUACGUUGGGUAGUUUUGUGGGGCACAGCUGUUGUCGGUUUCGAAAUUAAUUAUCAAAAUCCCUGUGACGCAAACAAAUGUUGUGUGUGCGCGCCUUCCUCCCCCUACCCCCCCGGUAACAUAAUACUGCUGACGACUUGUCAGUGAGUUUACUCAGACAACUCCGUUUCAAAAUAUCGUAUUAUAAUUCAAUACCGUUUGUAAUAGAUGUAGGUCUAUAAAGCGUUUCCCCCGAGCGAAACAGUACUUGAUCUUUCUGGUCUAAGCCGUACCGACGCUAUAAUAUUAUGUUCCUCGAUUUAACUGUAUAUAGGUAUAAUGACUAUAUUAUACGCUUACCUACAUAUUUAUAGAGAUAAAUAUAUGAUUUAUAAUUGUAUUAAUUGUAUAUUUACACGAUGCAAUGUUGCAUUUGUGUGAACGCGUGCUUUUCAAUAACGAUCGCUACUCAAAUUCACAAUCGUUAAAUUAUCCUUUUAUUUUCACACCGGUCGACGUGUAUUUUUAUCGUUAUGUGUAUGUACGCGGUGGAGCGCUAAAACGGCCAAUUUUCAAAAGCUCAAUUAGGUACACGAUUGAAAAAAAAAACUAUAAUGAGAAUGAAUUAUUAAUAUACCAGACCGGAGUACGUAACAUGACUAUUAUUAAAAAAAAAAAAUUACUUCCGUAACCGCCAUCUCUUUUUUUAUAUUCUCGUACAGGUAGUAACAUGCCGUCAAAUUCGAAACCGAAUUUUGUAAAACGAUUAUUUAUCGCAAAAGCACGUUUUUUAUCAUUAGAUGUUUAUUAAACGGCCUAUUGUUUCUUAAUUAAUAGUACUUAACUAACACACUUAAAACACUAUCGAGAAAACCUAGUUUUAAAAUCGGCCUUUUCACUGCCCCACUCAUCUGUACACAACAUGUAAUCAUAACACUGUGGGUAUGAAUUGGGCAGUUAUUAUGUCUAAUUAUUAUAAUUAUUACACGUCUGAAUUACCUAUGUCUUUACGCGUACAUUGAGCAAAUAAUAUCGUUUCAUCGACGAUUUGUAUAUUCAGCACACACACACUUACAUACAUGUUAUUUUAAGUCAUUAUAUAUUAUUACAUAUUUAAAUAUUUUAUAAUACGAUAAUUAUUAAUGUAUUUGAUUUGUAUUCAUUUCGAUUUAUUUAUUUUAUAACUAUUAUUAUUAUUAUUAUUAUUAUUAUUAUUGGUGUAAUAUAUAAAUUACCCGUCUAUAAGUGUAUUUAUUAUUAUAUUUGGUCGUUGUGCGAUUUUUUUUUUUUUUAUGCGUUAUUAUAUACAUAUAGAAAUUAUUAUUAUUAUUAAAAAAAAAAACAAAACUAUACAAUCACUGUUUACAUGUACAUUUUAAGCAUUACUAUUUAAAACAUAAAUAAAUUUACUAUUAUUUACGAACGCGAAGAUCGGCUGAGCGGCCAUUAUGCAAAUAAUGAAAUUUUACGCCACUGCGAGUUGUAAAAUAUAUAUACAAUAUACAUAUACAAUUAUAAUUAUUUAUUAUAUUUAUUAUUAUUAUUAUUAUUAUUCUUAAUAAAAAUAUCUACAUAUUGUUUGAA